GACAACUUAAGCUCCAGAUUGACGUGCACUUGUUCAUCUAGACGGUCUAACAGAAUAUUGGUUAUAGAGAUUGGCUAUAGUUGCUUACACAUAAUAAACACAAAGAUCAAGGGAGCUAGGAAACAUAGAACGCAACUGUGGGGUAAUAAGUUGAAUUUUAACCAAUAGGUGCCUGCAUGUUUAGCUCACAACGGGGACUCGCUUGAUUAUUGGCAAAUGCAUUUGCGAUCGACUUUGUGCACCAAAGACUUAAAGAUGUCCAGACACAUGGAUGGGAUAGUGCUGGAACGCGUUGUAGAUUAUUGUUGUAACAGCGCGAGCAUACUUGCGAGAAAGGUAUAAGAGAGUGAUGAUGUAAUAGCAUUCCCACAAUGCUGCGCGGAGAAGAUGAAUGGGGGAGUGAGAGUGAAGGCGAUUGGUGGGAGCUCCCAUCAAUGAAUAGCCAUUGCAGGGCCAACGCUCAACCGAUGUUAAGACUUAUUGUAAUUCUGAUCACGGCUACUUAUUCAUAAGAUUGUCUGUCAGGGAAAACAGCAUUCCUUUGAACAGUUCAGUGCCCUCCCUUCUCUCUAUUUUCAGCACACAAACAAAACCCAAUUUCAAUGCAUUGUUCGCUGAACCUGUACGGUUCCCCGUCCAGUUUUUUUGUGAGCGGUAUCAGAACAGCCCCAAGUGUCACGUAAGGGAAAACCCGCAUGCCGUUUACUGCUGCGAAUCUGAUUCUCACGAUCGUCUGCCAGCAUUUGCCAGCAGAUGCACAAUUCAAGGAAAUGUGACUUUCUAAAAAUAAACAGCCUUGUAAAGACAUCUGCUGUUAGAGUAUUUGACAGUGUCCUCAUAGUGGGAGCCGCACGCGCCACCGAACACUCAUCCAGCUCUUGAAUGAAACGCACGCACACCUUCCGCCGCCACAAUCCGUCCCAAAAACUAAAACAACGCGUCUGCUUUGAGCUAUUGUGUAAUUAUCACGAUUCCGUUUUUCCUAGAAUUUCGGGUGUAAAUAUGUUGCGUAAUAUCACGUAAAAGACACGUGAAAGUCACAAUGAGGGAGACGCGGGAUGCAACAACGGAGAUUUAUUUGGACGCCUAAAACAAGUGGCAGAGCUGGUCUAGCUUCGCGCGAGCAGGACAGUUUGGUGUGGUCGGUGAUCUUGGAGAAAAAAAAGAAGAAGAAAGAAUCGUGCUGUUUUGCGCAAAGCGGCAGCAGCUGCCGGCGACCUUGGGUCCGGUACCGGGGGGAACGACAGAGUCAGACGCGCUUGUCUCUUGUACCUUAUAGUUGGAUUCGUGUUGUCUGAACGUGUUUUAUUAUUAAUAUUCCGUCCACAGCAUCUGUGAUUCACAGACUCGAUCAUGACUGUUGUGAGGACUCUUGACGUCAGAGGGGAGAAUCAUCGGUGAGGUCCAAUGGGGGGAAUAUCAAGCGAGGCAGAGCUAUCGUCCUACCAACAGUAUUAGCCAUGCUAACCGACGAACACCUCGCCUUUCCACAGGACUUAACCCGCCAAAGAUGACGGCUUUACUCAGCUGCGUGAAACAAAGGGCAAUUUAGUUCUUCUUUUAUGUUGUUCUCCGUCUCUUUCUGGGUCCUCCGUCUCCUCUCGUAUGACAGGCACGGACUGCGCGCAAGCUCGGGGGAGAAAAAGGCAUUGCAGCUUCAUGGCACUGAGCUAUGAUUCACUCUCUUGCAGCAGCAAUGAGCAACCAACUUCAAAACACCUCUUCCCUCUCCACGGCGGGCACGUGGAAUCUCCUGGAUGUGAGGAACUCGUCACCGGUGCGAACGGCAGAGCUGAGGCCGCUUCCCGUUAGCCCGUGGGACAUUGCGCUGUGCGUGACGGGCACGCUCAUCUCUUGCGAGAAUGCAAUCGUGAUCGCCAUCCUGUUCUACACGCCCACCUUGAGAGCCCCCAUGUUUAUUCUGAUAGGGAGCCUCGCAUUCGCGGACCUGCUCGCGGGACUCGGCCUCAUUCUCAACUUCGUCUUCAUCUACAUGCUGAACACAGAGUUUGUGACUCUCAUCUCCGUCGGCUUGCUAAUCGCCGCCUUCUCCGCAUCUGUGCUCAACAUCCUGGCCAUCACGGUGGAUCGCUACUUGUCGCUCUACAACGCUCUGACCUACCACACGGAGCGCACGGUGACAUUCACCUAUGUCAUGGUGGUUCUCAUUUGGCUGGUGUGCAUCAUCCUGGGCUUACUGCCAGUGCUCGGCUGGAACUGCCUCCGAGACGAGGCCAGCUGCAGUAUCUGCCGGCCGGUCACCAAGAACAAUGCUGUGGUGCUCGCUGUGACGUUCUUGCUGGUGUUUGCCCUCAUGAUGCAGCUUUACCUACAGAUCUGUAAGAUUGCCUUCCGCCACGCGCAGCAAAUCGCUGUCCAGCACCAGUUCAUGGCCAUCUCCACCACAAAAGGUGUAUCCACGCUCUCCGUCAUCCUCUGCACCUUUGCCGCAUGUUGGAUGCCCUUCGCCAUGUAUUCGAUCGUGGCAGACUCAAGCUACCCGAUGAUCUACACGUAUGCAACGGUGCUGCCGGCGACAUGCAACUCGGUCAUAAACCCAAUCAUAUACGCUUACAGAAACCCGGACAUCCAGAAAUCCCUGUGGCUAGCCUGCUGCGGAUGCGUGCCGUCCAACUUCUCCUUGCGGCCAAGGACAUCGAGUGAUGUAUAAGUCGGACUCAUGUAAUUAGUUUGUACUGUGUCAGUGUUAAUGAUAUGAUGUCCUUCCUCGGUGGGAUCCCAGUCAAACGUUGCUGGUUGUGCAGUAGGUGUUGCGAUCCAAGAGGUCAACCUGCAAUGUAUAAUUAGAUGUAUUUAUUGCAUAGUAGACCUCUAUGCACAAAAUUUCAAAUUAUACCAGAGGUGAGACCGUUCAAAUUGAACGUGAUAAGAAUAAUCUGGAUACUCUGAGGCACGUAGUACAGGCCCAGUGACAAAUCCAUAUACUAUUUAUCUAAAAACAACACACUUAAGAGUGAAAAUGAUUACAAAACUGACCCGAUACGUGUAAAGAAAGCUGUCUACUGUGGACAGCUUUUGUGUAUGUUCAUGCUACGUGGAGUUCAGCACCACGGACAGCGGCAGGUACAACGAAGCUAUUCCCUAUUCCCCGCUUCUAACACUUAAAUCUGUGUUCACUUAAAAAUGUAUGAACGACAGAAAGAAAACAUUGUCCCGUGAGCGAAAAUUAUAGCACUUCUGGCAUUUGUCGCUUUACAGCCAAUUUGAUCAAAUCGCGUUUUCUUUUAGAAACUAAAAUUAUGGUGCAAGAAAAAAAUGACCUCUUUUUGUUUUAAUGUGAUUAUUGUUCCUACACAUCAUUGGCAGUGAAAUUUCAUAAAUGUACAAAUCCCUGGGAAAAGCCAAUUUGUUUAGACACGCUGAACUGGUUCAUUGUCUUACGUCCCCAAUGACACUGAAAUAUCUUCUGCCACGAAGUUAUAAGGCAAAUCAUAUUUUCACACAUUUUCGGUUUCAGGAAUCCAUUGAGCACAUGUCUUGGUGUUGGUGCGAAAUGGCAGGGUUAAUGAAGGUCUGAGCGCGAAAUGAGGUGUCAGCCACAACGCUUUAAUUUCGACAUCAGGCAACAUCUUUCAAGGCAAUUUUGCGUAAGGCCAACUGAGACAUGAAUGCUCAAAUAAGUGCUUCUCGGUUUGUACAGAAAAAUGAUCCCUGUGAUUAGCAGAUAUAAUUGAGUGUUUAGAAUGUACAAUUAGUCCGACAGAUCAGGGAUCAAUGUUAGGGGAAGGCUUGUGUGUAAAUAGAUCUGCAUGAAGGCCUAUUAAAAGAUCAGAUAACUAGGCCAAAAUGGGACAGAAGGGACUUCAGAUUCAGCCAAAAAGACCUUGAAAUAGCAUGCGGGAUUUAAAAACGCAUCAUAAAAUCUGCCGAAUUGGAUUUACACCAUGCUACACAACCAAAAAAAAACCUAAAAAAAAAAAACAAACUAAAAAAAAGAAAUAAGAAACUCAAAGGACAAAAUGGAGAAACACUAUGCCUUUCCAAAUGGCGCAAAAAGAAGCAUUGUUUAAAGCUAAAGGAUUAGUUGUUGUGAUAUUUUAUAUGCAUAGAUAUUUGUUGAGCUUGAAAUAUGACCGUAACAAAGCCUUGUGUUUUUGAGGGGGAUUUGAAUGUCACAGCUGUUCUUUGACAACCCCUCAUUUGCGGCAAAAUAUCUUAAUUUAGGCCUUACCUUUUCUCUUCUGCAAUAAUAAAUUAAUGUGUACCGUUCAUUGAUAGAGCUACAAUCACAAUGAGGCCAUCAACAGAGCUAAUUUUACUUCCUGACUUGAACACGAUUAAAAACAGACUGAGAAUAGGUUAGCGAGACCAGGGUGUUACAACUCUUUAAAUCAAUUGUACUGUUUUCUAAGAUGUGCUUUCACAUCGUAGUACAAGUAUUCAAAGUUGGCCUUGAGAGCCCAUCCAGGUGCCCUCUGACUAACCUCAAUACUCUUAGUGACCUGUACGAAACCUGAUGGACUUUAACCUGGAGUUAUUUCACAGUCUGGACACCGUGGAACAAUUCUCCAGUUUUUUUGUUUUUGUUUUUUGCACGUUUGUGUGAUACGCCUGACUGUUUGUGGUCGUGUGCGUGAAAGCGAGAGAACCAUUUGUUUAUAUACCACUCACUUACGUCAGGAGUGGGGUUCAGUGACCUGUCACACUGUGCCCACUUAUAAAAAAUAACCCACCCCACAUAAUACACAACACUUGGCAAAUAUCAGUGUUUUUUCAGCAAAUCUCUACCGUUAUGUAAUGUAUCUUCACUACAAUGUACUCAAUGGGAUGCCAUAGAUUCAGUUCGUUCAGGGGUGCAGCGGUUAUUUUUCUUAUGCAAUGCUGUAUGGAAACGUAUAUUUUUAUACACAUCAGGGCAUGAGUUUUAUGAUGUCGUUUUGGUGUGUGUGCGUGUAUAUGUGUGUGCGUGUGUGUGUGUUCUUUACCUGUAUCUUUAUUGAUGGUUUCCUAGAAAAGGAAAAAAACGGUAAAAAAAAAAAAAAAAGAAUUAUCAAAAAAUUGUUGGAAAGGCAGAAAGUGCCAUAAUUUCACUUACUAGUGUCUUAUUAGUUUCAUGCAUUUAUAAGAUGAGUAAAAACAAGGAUUAUGGUUUGUAACAUCACCUGACUGUGUCGACGGUAACUUUCACCUUCAAAUUUGCGGCGGUCGAAGCACAGCUUGGUGUCCUGAUAGUCGACAUCUAGGCAGUUUGACUGCUGAAAGCAGAUGGGAUAGAAAUGGUUUAGCAGCAGCUAGUUUGAACAGUUGGGUUUUAAAGUUAAAGCUCCAAAAUAGACCCAAAGAAUCAGACGGAGCGCGCAUUCUUUGCCAAGGGAACGGCUGGAUUCCACCCUCUCUCUUGGACAUUGGAGCCCACUAUGGCUACCGGCAGAGCAAUGCAGUCCUCUCUUUAGCAUUCUGUUGGAUUGGGACAGCCCUUUUGUGUGCCAGACUACAGACAGAUGGUCCACCCCCAGCCUCAUGCUCAAAAGUGACCUAUCUAAUUACUAACACCACAGAUAUCAUCACAGAAUUGAAGUAUGCCAGGCAGCGAGCCAUCUAAAAUUUCACGUAUCUUCAGUCGGUAGAGGACAAAAUAUAAGAUGACUGCAUUUCUCUGGAGCUACAGUACAGGCGAUGGAGGCUUCAUUUGAAGAGUUACAAAGACGAAAAGUCUAGCAGUGUACCUUGGUCUUCUGUCGUGACGUCAGCUCUGGCGUAUGAAAAUGGAAAGAGGUCGUCUGAAUGACGGCACCUAACCGCAUGGAAGCUCUAUUACUAAAUCUGGCCCUGCUAAAAAUAACCUUGAAGAGCAUGAAAUGUUACAUUUAUCUAGGGUACUUGAAAUCCGUUUUCUGGGCCAUUAAGCAGAGCUCUGUGUUUCCCAUCAACAGCUACAUUAGAGCGAGAAGGCGCCUUCCUAAAAUAAGGGAGGGGAGAGAGACAAGCCUUUAGAAGAGCCUCUGGGGUUAUGUAACCACUGCACCCAAAUGUAGCCCAUUCUCCGAAAUCCAAAUCUCUGUGUUACCGAUGAAGUCUCACUACGAUCUACAAUCACUUUCGCAAUCAUCUAUAGAGCUAAAGGAACGUUUUCUUGUAGGUAAACUGUCAGCACAAUUACGUGGCCCUUAUUAGCAAGCGGUCAGAGAUGUGGAUGGGUGCUCUGAUACUGUGAUGUAAUCGUCGUCGAUCAUUUUCUUGCUUUGUUUGUUUCUCUUUGUAUUGUGAACUGAAAUCUGACAAGUACGAUGCACUUUAUGAAAGGAACAUGCUACACGUUGCAAUGUAAGUGUGGAAUGUAAUCCUUCCUAAAAAAAAUGAUUUAUUUUUUAUUACUGUAAAUAUGACAAUACCGAAACAAAAAGAGAGCGAGUGAAGAAAAAAACUACAACAACACGAGGAGAAUAAUUUGUCAAAUAAAAUUCAGCAAACUCA